AUGGAGAGCAUGUUCGGAUUGGAGGAGAAUGACGCCGCUGCGGGUGAUGAUGGUGAAAAUGGUGCCGAUGAAAUUUUUGAAGACGCUCAAAAUCAAGCAGCCACACACACUCUCGCAGAGAUAAUCGCGGCCUUUGACGAGUACUGUCUCCCACGUAAGAAUAUUGCAAUGGAGGCCUUCAAAUACAAUUCCAUUGCACAGAAAGAGAAGCAAACUUUUGCGGAGUUCGAGACUGAGUUGAGAACGCAAGUUCAAUAUUGCGAAUUUAGUUGCGCUACCUGUCAAACAUCCUACAGCGACCGUAUGCUGCGAGAUAGAAUCAUCAUUGGGAUUCAGGAUAAGAAGCUGCAACUCAAACUUCUGGACGGCAGAGACGACCCUUUAUCAAAGAUCAUCGAGACAUGCAAGAUUUUCGAAGCCGCAUCCGAAAAUAAACAGCUACUGGAUCGGAAGAGUAAUUUUUUGGAAGUAAAGGUGGUUUCGAAGGAGCAAAUUGAUUCGAGUGCCAAGACCGUGGAUGCAGUAACACGUAAUCGUUGCUAUAAUUGUGGAAGGCCGUACAAUCAAAAUCAUCGGAGGAAUUGCCCGGCAUCGACUGCUGUAUGCCAUUCGUGUGGAGAAAUUGGCCACUACAGCAAGUGUUGCCGCAAGAAGACAACGAAGCAGCCAGGAAGUCAUCAACAGUCAUCGAAGUCUGGAAGGAAUGAAAAAACGAUACAUACGGUGAACUGGAAUGACGCUGACUGGGUCAGCAAUAUGCAGUUAGUGGAAAAAUCGAACGGAAAAUUACGCAUCUGUUUAGAUCCUAAGCCUCUUAACAGGUGCAUAAAACGUGAACAUUUCCUGAUUCCAACUCAAGAGGAUUUGCUCAGUCGCUUGGCAGGAAAACAUGUCUUUUCGGUUCUUGACUUAAGUAGUGGCUUCUGGCAAAUGGAGUUGGAUCGUAAAAGUUCGGAUUUAACCACAUUCAUGACACCUUUCGGGAGAUAUAGAUGGAAUCGUGUUCCAUUCGGUUUGAACAAUGCACCAGAAAUGUUUCAACGACGGAUGGUGCAAAUUUUUGGCGAUAUUCCGGGCGUUGUAGUUUAUUUCGACGAUGUGUUAAUCUCGGGCAAAGAUGAAAUUGAGCAUGACAGAGCCCUAGCUGAAGUCAUUAAGCGAGCUCAAAUCAACAACGUUAAGUUCAAUGCUGCUAAACUACAGUACCGCCAAGCCAAAGUUACAUUCAUGGGAAGUGUCAUUGACUCUGGGAGGACGAAUCCCAUCGAUAAAGACAUUAGGGCAAUCACGUGUAUGCCUAAGCCUUCGUGCAUUCCAGAUGUUGCUAGAUUGUUGGGCCUUCUGAAGUAUCUAGCCAAAUACAUUCCAAACUUGUCGAAACGAACACUCAAUUUGCGUAAACUAACUCAUCAUGGUGCCAAAUGGGAGUGGAAUGAAGAGCAUGAUACGGAAUUAAAAGAUUUGCUCUCAUCCAUUAGUUCUACACCAACCCUGGCGAUAUAUGAUCCAAGUAAAGCUUGCAUUGUUCAGACGGAUAGUUUUAAAGAUGGACUUGGAUGUGUUUUAUUGCAAGACCAUGGACCCGUAGCAUAUGCAUCACGAACUCUGACAAAUUGUGAGCAAAAAUGGGCUCAGAUUGAAAAAGAGCUUCUUGCCGUAGUUUUCGCUUGCCAACGGUUUCACCAUUUCUUGUACGGACGUGAGUUUACGGUUCAGUCGGACCAUAAACCUCUUGAGACGCUUGUGAAAAGAGAUAUUGAUGAUGUAACACCUCGGUUGCAGCGCAUCGAGAAAACGCUCUCCAAGGCUAGGACACAAUUCUUUUGGCCCGGAAUGACUAAUGACUUAAAGGAACUGGUUUCUUCUUGUACAAUAUGUGAGAAGUUCCGGCGUAACAACUGCAAAGAACCUCUGGUGCAGGAUAAUAUUUCAGAGUAUCCGUUUCAAAGAGUUUCAACUGAUAUCUAUGAGUAUGGUGGAUAUGAUUGGUUGGUAGUAAUAGAUGCUUAUUCUGGAUUCAUUUGUUCUGAUCGAUUGCAAGAUAAGACCAUUGCUAGUGUAUGUAAAUUGUUCGACAAGAUGUUCAACUGCUAUGGAUAUCCGACUCUUAUUCGAAGUGACAACGUACCGUUUAAUUCCCUCGAAUCCGAAACAUACGCGAACAGAAAUAACAUCAAAUUCGAAUUCUCUAGUCCUCGUUAUCCGCAAAGCAAUGGUCUUGCUGAAAAGGCGGUGGCUAUAGCCAAAAACAUACUGAAACGAUGUUAUGAAGUUGGAGAGGUUGAACAGUUCCAAUAUCGACUGCUUGAAUAUAACACGACACCUAUCGCCAGCAUGAAGCUUUCCCCUAGUCAGUUGUUUUUUGGAAGGCAAAUUAAAACACGCUUACCUAUGAAUGAAACGCUUUUGAUUCGAGAGUCGCUUGAUGAACGUGUGGUACGAGAAAGAAUAUCAAAGAAACGAGAGUUGCAAAAACAAUACUACGAUCGCUCUGCUAAGAAACUCCCACUAUUGAAAGUUGGAGAUCGAGUUCUGUUUAAGAAAAAUUCUAAGGAAUGGCAUUAUGGGCAAAUUGUACGUGAUGUCAACGGUAGCUCUUUUGUGGUUAGAGACAAUUUUGAAAAUCACUUUCGCCGAAAUCGCAGGUUUAUAACCCAAACCACUAAUAAUGAAUUGAAUACCAGUGAGUUACUUACUGAAGAUGAUCUUCCGGAACAACAACAUCUGUCUGUACCAAGUCCUUCGAAUCACAAUCAUUCUAAAUCGAACGGUGGUCCUUCGGAGAUCUCAGUUUCGGGUAAGACAUCAGCUAAUCCCCGUUCCCGUGAUAGUUUUGGUGCGCUAGAUGACUUGUUCCCUAGUGGUGAAGUUACAGCUAGACCUUCAAGUUCCUCUACACAAAAUCUUCAUGAUUCAUUACAGUCUCAUCAUUCUUCUCAAGACGCUUUGUCCCCUGUAGUUUCCCCUCGUGUAACACGUUCAGGUCGUACAGUUAUUCCUCCAAAACGCUACGGCGAAUGGGUAGUUUAG